AUGGAUCCCUCUUUGACGCGCGAUCUGCCAAAUCCGGCUCCUAAUCCCACCAAGAUACCAUCUCCCUCUACGGCUUCUAAGCAAUCACCGCGACCGGGAAUCGGUCGCAUUCUAUCAUUACCUCCACAAUGGCUCUCCAUGUACGACGAGUUUAUAACCAAGAAUGCCGGCCAAGUGUCGCAGAUUGAGAGCGCUCUAAGGAGCUUGACAUAUAUAAUUCCAGGCCGAUUCCGCGAUGCUGAAAUCGCAUCCGAGUCGAUUCACUCGGGUGUCCAACUCCUAUCACUAUACCAUGACUCCCUACUUCAGAAGGCUAUUGCACGUCUGCCGAUGGCUAGUAUGCCAUCGGCCCAUGCUAGAUACACACGAUACUGGACUCAAAGGAGUGGCGCAUAUCGAAGGAUAGCCAUGUUUCUACAAAUGAUUAUCUAUACAGAGAUGUUAUGGGAGAUGACGGCCAAGAGAAAGGGUGGCGAAAAGUCCCGGUGGAAGGUCGUCUUGCUCCUUGAAGGACUAAAGGCAUUUUGCCGGCUUUUGCUCCUACGCAUUACCAAGUCUCGACCACUAGUCACGCCGGUGUUGCCGGAGCGGGAGCCGAUUCCCGAAGACGCAGCAGCUGCGGAUGAGGAUGAAGAGAUUGCAUACCGAAGUGAGAGCGAGCUGAUGGAUGAGAUAUCAGCGGACGGGUCAGGGUCUUCGCAGUCGUCGAGGCCCGCGCAUGAGCGCGAGUGGAACAUGCCCCGAACGGGCAUGAGCCUGCCAUCGCUGCCUACUGGAGGAGAUAUCAGCUCCUACUUGCUAGGUCGUGUAUUGACCGCUGAUGACAUUAAGCCUGCGACUAAGCUGCUCAACCAGCUCCAAGGCAGCAGCCACGGUGCCGAGAUCCUGCAGAUCUUGUCGCCACUCAUCUACGCUGCCGCCAUGGCUCACAACAUCAGGCGCGGAGGGGACAAGAAAGCUUGGACCCCCUGGCUGAUCGGAUUCGCAGUCGAGUACGCCGCCCGACAGUUGAGGGACCGCGGUCUGCGGACUACGUCCCUAGAGCGUGAAGAAUGGAGCAAGCGUGGAUGGGCCAUGGGCUGGUGGGCUAUGAGGGGUGCUGCAUACGAAAACAUCACCAAGGGCGUUGUGGGAGGAGUGAGCAAGAGAAUGCCCUCCUUCAUUGGGGGCAUUCUUGAAGACUACGAGUACUUGUGGGAGAAUUACUACUUUAGCACCAGUGCAUAA